AUGACGGACGUUCUCUACAAGGCUACCAAGUACAUGAAUGCAGAGGAUGCAUUGCUGGCCCGCGAGGAAAAGCUUAAGAAGAGGGAGAGGCAGGAGGACACGCGACAGGAUAGGGGGCGAAAGGUCGCUAGAACCGGGGAUCAACAUGAUGAAAAGCGCUCCAGACCCCCCACUGGAAGAUUCACCAAUUUCACCCCAUUAACCGCCCCGAUCGACCAAGUAUUGAUGCAAAUCAAAGAUGAAGGAGCAUUGACUUUCCUUGGAAAGUUGAAGGGAGACCCCAACAAAAGACCGAGAGGCAAGCAGGGGAAGCUACAGAGGUUUGUUAGCAAGGAAAGAACUGAUACAUCGGAGGAACAGGCCCUACGACGGGAGAACGAGCGCCCUAGACCACCCAUAGGGGACAUAAGAAUGAUCGUAGGGGGCACAGCUACAGCCAGAUCUUCCAAGAAAGCCCGCAAAACCUACCUCAGGAUGGUCCACAGCGUCCAACUCACAGGAUUCGUACCAAAGAUGCCACGAAUAGAUAACCCCGUCAUAAAAUUUUCGAAGGAUGACGCUUGGAGACUUCACCAUCCUCAUGACGACGCACUAAUGGUCAGCCUGCAGAUAGGGGAUUAUAACAUGCACCAGGUCCUCGUCGACAACGGCAGCUCAGUAAACAUCUUGUACUAUCCAGCAUUCCAGCAAAUGAGGAUUGACAGGGAACGGUUGUCCCUAACGAACGCCCCACUCGUGGGAUUUGAGGGUACGAAGGUGUUCCCUUUGGGUGCAAUAACACUAGCUGUGACGGCGGGUGACUAUCCUUAG